AUGUGCGCACCGAGGGAGGCUCGCACGCUAAAGGAGGCACAAGAGGCGUGCACGCCGAAGGAGACGCAAGAGGCGCACGCACUAGAGACGUGUGCUCCGAGGGAGGAUAGGAGUGAGGCGGGCUCGCCGUAUGUGAGUAAGGUAGGCGCUAGCUCAGGGCGCAGCCGGCGCAAGGGAGGUGAGCUGCCGGAGAUGUGUGCUCCGAGGGAGGCAUAG